UCAAUAUCGUCGUACGACACAGCAAUCAGAAGACUAUACACUGACACCUUCGUUGCCUUUUGUUUCCGUUGAUGUAUAAUUAUUUCCACUGAACAAUCAUACCGUUUUGUGCAAAAGUCGUCAACGUGAUUCACAAAAAUAUAUUUUGUUAUCAAAAAUUUAGUUUUAGUGUUGUAACCGUUCCCCAUUCGUUUACCUGUAAAUUUGUGAUUGAUUAAUGAUGGCGAGAGUUCUGGACGUAGAGGUCCAACAAAUGUGUCGAGAUUUGGAAAAUGAGCAACUGUGCGAGGUCUACGUUGACGAUCCGCAAGUGUUUGCAGCUGAUGAAAUCCUUGACAUACGGGCAAUCAGAACUGAGAUUGAAUAUUGUGUAAAGUGGACCGGCUAUUCUGCUGAAUAUAACGAAUGGGUGGCUGAGGAACACGUAACUCCUGAUUUGAAGCGUGAAUUUUCAAUCGGUAUGACACAAGUCAAAAAGGAAAUUCAACUCUUCAAACAUGAAAAAGCCAAGGCUCGAGUAAUGCGUAAAAAACACGGCAGAAUAGCGAAGAGUUCAAGUUUCGGCCUUACUUCAACUCCUAUCAUCGUUCCAUCGAUAAGUCGUACUGCUGAAGUACGUGUCACCACUACACCAACGGAAUAUGACAAGGAAAACGGAACGUCUUUGUCAAUGACCAUGUCAGUUGAAUGUGAACAUCAAAUACCGGAAUGGGCUACACCGAAAGAAGAUAGUCAAGAGAGCGAUACAACGAUGUCUGAGACAUCAUCGGAAUUCGAUGAAUCCGAAGUUGAAGUAACGAAAUGGACUACACCGAAAGAAGAUAAUGUUGGAUGCGAUGCAUUGAUGUCUACCGUAUCAUCGAAGUCCGGCGAAUCUGAAGGACACGAUGCAACGAUGUCUGAGACAUCAUCGGAAUUCGAUGAAUCUGGAGUUGAAGUAACUAAAUGUACCACACCGAAAGAAGAUAAUGUUGAAUGCGAUACAUUGAUGACUACGGCAUCAUCGAAGUCCGGCGAAUCUGAAGGAUACGAUGCAACGAUGUCUGAAUCCGAAACAUCAUCGGUAUGCGACAAAUCAAAGUUUGAAAUACCAGAAUGGACUGCACCGAAAGACGAUAAUGCUGGAUGCGAUACAUCCGACGAAUCUGAAGGAUACGAUGCAACGAUGUCUGAGACAUCAUCGGUAUGCGAUGAAUUUGAGCAUGAAGCACCAAAAUUGACUGCACCGAGACAAGAUAACGAUGGAUGCGAUACGCCGACGUCUGUCGAAUCUGGAAUUGAAGUCGAGGAGCAGAAUAUUUCGCCAAGCGAGAAUGAGGAAAAUGGUCCGUUAGUGUCUGCGGUACUAUCGAGUGACUGUACUACUGAAACAACACGGCGGGAAUCGGGUCAGAGUUCCGUCAUGUCCAUCUCACUAGUUGCAGAAUCUGAAUCGGAUGUCGAUUCUUUUGAAAAGCAACUCCAACACAAAGAAUGUUUACUGGGAUUCGAUGAACAGUUGCAACCAGAAUCUCAAUCGAAUGUCGACUCUUUUCAAAAGGAACGCGAACCCGAAAAAUGUUUACUGGGAUUCAAUGAACAUUUGGACCCAGUAUACACCUAUAUGUAAGUAAAUCAUAGUGAUAAGUAUUUGUAUUAAUGUUACUGCAUAAAAUGGUGCAAUUCUACAGUUUCAUAAUGUUUGUAAAUUAAUGUUGAAGACCAAAGUCUGAAAUUUGGCAAAACAUUUCAU